CUCAGGACUGCAGGUUUUUAGGUCAAACAGAAAUCCCGGGAGUGCCUGCAAAAGCCGACACAGGCGGUUCCAUUAGGCCCUGGCUGCAGCGUGCUCGUGGGGGCCGUGGGGCCGUGGGGCCGUGGGCCCGGGUUGCGUGGGUUCUCCGGCUGUGGGCGCCCCGGCGCCGGGACCCCAGUAAGGGCUUUGCUCCGAAGCGGCCGAAGCUUUCCCGCUGGGCCGCAGGCUCUGCCGGCACCGCCCGCUCCGGCCUUCAUCUCAGAGGCCGGGCGUCCUCCGCGCUUUGUCGCCCUCAAGCCCCGCGAUGGACAAGACCCAGGAGCCCCUGGCCAUGACCGUCCACCUCCUCGCCAGCUCGGGGCACGGUGCGCCCCUGCAGCAGGCUCUGGAUCAGCUCCUGGGCUGCGUCUGCCCCGAGGUCCGGCUCUUCAUGGUGUCAGAGCGGGUGAGUCCAGUGAAGAGCUACGACAGGUGCCACCCCAGGCGGUCGCGGUUCCCGGGGAUGUCCGUUUUGCUCUUCCUGCAGGAAAGCCUGGGAGAGGAGCGGCUCUUUCGAGUUCUUGACUCCCUGCGGCAGUGGCCCUGGCAGGGCUGCCCUGCCCCAAACACGCGGGGAAGCCCGGGGCCCUGCAUUCCUGCCGGCCAGGAGUUCUACAGCCUGGACAGUCACAUGCCCGUCUGGGGCGUGAGGCGGGCGCACGGUGGCACCGAGAUCCUGAGGGUGACGCUCUACUGCACUUUUGAUAACUACGAAGACGCCAUCAGCCUGUACGAGAUGAUCCUGCAGAGAGAAGCCACCCCACAGAAGAGCAACUUCUGUUGCUUCGAGCUCUACGCCACUGAGAGCUUCGCCCUGCAGCUGUCCCUGAAGCAGCUGCCCCUCGGGGCGUCAGUGGACCCCAAAGAGUCGUCAGUGCUGCAGUUCAAGGUUCAAGAGAUCGGCCAGCUAGUGCCUCUCCUGCCCCAUCCGUGCGUCCCCAUCAGCCGCACGAGGUGGCAAACGCAGGACUACGACGGGAACAAGAUCCUGCUCCAGAUCCAACCAAAUCCAGGACUUGGCGUUAGGAGUGGUGAGCUUUCCUUCCUGAACGGCGCCUCUGGAGCUGACACCCUUCCCCAGGGCCACAGGGUGACCCCGGUCUCCACAAGGAGGACCCUAGAGCUGAGAAGGCGAAGGAGCCGGGGCAGGCGGUUCAAGGCGGCUUCUCUGGAGUUCCCCGAGCCCAGUGGGGGCCCAGCGUCACCCAGCUCUCGUGGCACCUCCUGGCGGAGCCCUGGCUGCUCAUCCCAGGCCAGCAGUCCAGCAACAGAUGCCCAGCUGCCUCUGUGCUCUCCCCACCUCGAACCCGGGGCCAGAAUGAAGGCCUGCAGCCAGGAAAACAGUUUUGAGAAGCUGGAGGCAGAGACCAAUGUUGACACGGGGUGCACCGUGGUCAACUCUGAACCCAGGCCAUCUUUUCUGAGCAGAUUUCCAAGGGGCCCGCUGACCAGCCAGCCAGCACCAGCCUCCUCCUUAGGGGCAGCUGUCUCCAAAAACAACAGAAUCUUGAAAGAGAGGGUCCGUUCUUUGUCACUUGGUGGCCAGAGGGACCUUGGUGGAAGGAAGAUAACCUCGAAACAUCCCCUUCAUCUGCCAGUUCAGGAUGAAGGAAAGGAAGGAGGCGAGGAAGAAUUCUUCAUUUAGCGUAAAACCAGUGUGGUUUUCUAAACACAGGGCCGAGUGCAAUGCUCUAGAAAUCGAGCGCUGCUUUUUGGUCAUCUGAGGGCCUGAAUGCUAGCCAUGCGCAGGUCUGUAUGGCUUUUAUUUCAAAUGUUCAAAGUCUAACGGUGCUGUAAGAGGUGGUUUUUUUGCAGCCAGGGUCAUGGGCAUAAGGGAACACAGUCCAUGAAUGCACAGGGGAAAAGCCCACACCUCGGUCCCAGGAGACACACAACCCUGCCAGGAGUGUCGAGCUCAGCACCCAUCAGGAUAAUUGCGUUGUAUGCAGAUGAGUUGAAUGUGUUAUGCCGUGUUGAUUAGUGUAUGUAAUUUGGUUUCAAUUUUUACUGGGGUUGCAUAGCUCAUCCCCCUGGACAACACAGACUAUUUAUUCUUUAGUGUUUUUUUAAUUUUUAUGUGACCUCCUUUUAUAACUAGGCCCUGUUCGCCACAUACCCUCUAGUGGUUUUGCCUUUAAAGUUGUUUGCAUCUGGAAUGAGUUAACAUGCAAAGUGUUUUAAAAAUUAGGAAUAAUUAAUUUUUUUUCCUGGUUAAUGAGCAGAAACACCGGAAGCAGAAAAAAAAAAAAUCAGGUUGAAAAUGAAAGCUGGUCUGUAGGGGUUUCCUGCUUCUCCGUUUCUCAUUUGUUCCUGAAUUACUCCAGUGGAACCAGAGGCCCACGUCAUCAGCCUGAGGGGAGUGUGACGAUUGGAUGGUUGGGGAUCUCCAUGGAGCACGGCAAGAAGGUUGCAGUGGUCAGAUUAUUGCAGCAGGACUUGGGGUCAUCCGGACAAGUGUGAACCCUACAUUCCUCUGCAAUAUUCAUUCGUUCAUUCAACAAAUAUUUAUUGGACGCCUAAUUUUGAAUAAGACAUUGAUAUAUGGUACACAUACAUCCUGUGGCCAUUAAUUCAAAAGUGUUUAUGGUUCCGCCAGUAUGAUAAAUCUAUUCUAUCAACUCAAGAAUAUAGUGAGGUACAAAUUGAUUCCUCUGGGAACUUUUCCACAGCUUAUUCCCACAUCGGCUGCACAAGGCUGUGGUGAGCAUUCCCGACCUGCUAAUGGAGGCUGGGCAUGUUGUGCAUUUCAGUUAUCAUCGUAACAGACAAAUUUCCGAUUGCUCAUGUGCUGCAUGGUUUUGGUUGGGUCUAUACCCACAUUUAAAAAAGUCUGAGGUCUGUGUGUUUCAAUUAAUUGAUAAGAUUAUUCCUUUUUGUAUUACAUAUAUAUGUAUUUUAUUUUUUAAUUACAUUUUACUUUCAAUAUU